AUCUGUGUGUGUGUUAAGCUUAUAUAAUGGAUCCCACUGAUUCACAGUCGAACUCUAUGACUGAAUCCGAAGAUCUAACUCAGUAUUUUAGAGGCGUUCACGAGGUUCUGGAGAUCGACCCGGACCAAGGUCAAGGUCAGUGUUCGGGUCAAGCCGAGGUCGACCUCCUGUCCCACAAGAAACACUGCAGCAAGAGAGACAGGCACGGGGAGUUCAUCCCCGUCAACGACUUCUCCCCGGGGCACCUGCCCUCCGGUUACCAUGACAACGACGUCUACCAGCUGGUCAAGAACCUGGCCGCUCUCACGGUCAAGGUCGCGGUGAAGUUCACCAGCCUCGACCGGCCCGCUGUCGUCCCCGACACCAGCGUCCCCUACCCUUGUUUCAACCUCAGGGGCAAGAACUCUCUGAGAACCGGAACCGGGAAAAUCGGGGGGUUCCGCAUGCAUAAGGAAUCCGACGGCGUCCCCUGCCCGUGCGGGGCGUGCCGGGAGUCAGGUGACCCGUGUGCGGUGUGGGGGGAGGUGGAGGUGCUGACGGCCAAGCACGUGAUUUACGACGACAGCGAGGCUCAAGCCGCGAGCUGCUGGCUGUGGUAUGACGAGGAACAGAGUCCCGUGGUCACCGUCACUGGAUGGAAGGUGGAUAACAGAACCAAUAUCCACCUGGAUUACUGCCUCCUCCACUGCACCACCCACAACCUGGAGAUAUUCGAUCGCCUUCAGCAAGCGCAUAUUGAUUUUACCUAUCACCUGCUUGUUGCGAGCGAGAAGUUCGGGAGUCAGCGUGACGAAAAUAAGAUCACGAUAAUUGUGUCACAUCCGCACGGGUGCACCAAGCAGGUGUCGGUGGGGCGUUGGGUGCACAGGCAGGUGUUCAUGGAGGGGAUCACCAGGUACACGUACACAACCUGCACGUGCGCGGGCAGCAGCGGCGCCUUCGUCUACAGGCUGGGGACGGAGGUGUCAAUGCACCCCCAUAGUGGCUCCACCCCUGCACAUAGCUACAGCGGGAUAUCGCUGGAGUACAGUUAGGGGUGACCGAUAGAGCGGAGGUUUG